CCCGGAAGUGUCACGCGCGCGUGGCGGGUUUGUUUUGAAAAACGAGAGAAAAUCAGAACAAACAAAAAAAAACAUAGAACCCGAACCGAACAUGAACCGAACAUGAACCGAACAUGACCGAAACCGGAGCUCAGCUUUUCGCUCGUCUUGAGUCUCGUCGAAGUCUCCGGGACGUUGAGCCUCGUCUGUUUCCAGAAAAUGUCGGCCCUGAAAACGGUGAAGUCGUGGAACUCUUCGGACCUGAAGGCUCCGUUGUUGUUGUGUGUAGGUAAGUCGGAGUUGUUGUACCUGCUCGUGUGUCGUUGUGUUCUUCCGCGCUCGGCUGGAGGUCUGGAGCUCAGCGUCGUCUUCGUGGACACGGACUUCAGCCUGGACCUGCUCAGACUCGUCACCAUCCUGGACCACAAACUCCAGCACACAACAGCUCCCUGCGGUGCUGGCGGUCCGGACGAGGCGCUGCUCCGCUCGUGUUUGUCUCGGGUUCUGGUUCUUCACUGCUCUUCGUCGUCUCAGCUGCUCCUGACGCUUCACUUCCUGGAGACGUCGUUGGCCGCGCGGCCCGACCUGUCGCUCCUCCUCAUCGACAGCAUCUCCGCUUUCUAUUGGCUGGACCGAGCGGAGGGCGGGGCCAGCUACGCCAAACAGGAAGAGAAACUCAACAGGUGCUCGGAGCUGCUCGGACGACUGCUCAGGGAUUACAAGAUCACUGUGUUUGCCUCCUGCCACUCCAUUCGACAACACAGCAGCUCCGUGUCAUCCUCUGCACCCUCCUCUUCCUCUGCUCCUUCAUCUUCCUCUGCACCCUCCUCUUCCUCUGCUCCUUCUUCUUCCUCUGGUCCUUCUGCUUCUUCAUCUUUCUCUGCUCCUUCAUCCUCCUCCUCUUCUUCUUCCUCGUCUGUGGACCAGGACAGACCGUACCUGUGCCGGUCGUGGCAGAAGCUUGUGUCGCACCGUUUAACCUGCUCCAAGACUGAAACGGUCCUCAAAAUGGCCACCGGCGCCGCCCCGGGACCCGAGCGCCAGAAAGACACGAUCUUCACCGUCCACUGCUCGUCCAGAAACCGAGGCUCCAGAACCAACCGCUUCAUCAUCACAGACUCUGGAGUGGAGUUUAUAAAGGACUAAAGCAGAACUGAAGCAGAACUAGACCAGGACUAAACUUGGACUAAACUGGUCCAGGAGCCAGUGGUUUAAAAAGGGAGUUUCCUUUUAGCUGAAACAGUUUUUAUUCCUGUUUCUGUUGUUCCUGUAAAUAGAGUUAUAAAAGAGGCUUGUGUUCGUGGUGUUUUGGCGACUCCUGGUGGUCAGAGUGCAGACUGCAGGACUUCGAGCGUAAACAGAGAAAGAGAAAUUUGUGAAUUUGUUUUCACUUUUUAUGGAAUAUUUGACUUUUUCAUAAACGCUGCAAAAAUAAACCUGUUUUAUUUGAGUCGAGUUA